CAAAUCCAAUUUCGAACUGCGCGGGUCGCUGUGUCGCGCAAUCUUAUAAAAGCGAAUAAAAAUACGAAACUUUCGUGCGUGCGUGUGUGUGUGGUGGUGCUGCUAUUUGCGUGCGUGUGCUGUGCCUGUGUGAAAGAGCGAAUUGUGUUGAAUAAAUUGAAUUAAUGGCCUCAAAAAAUAAAUGCGAAACUGGUCCAAAUUUCAUUGAUUCCCAGUGCACAUGAUACAUAACAUAAUACAGCUGUUCCCCCAAUCAUUCUAAACAAAUGCCAGCAUGGCCCAAGAAUGGAAAUUUCAAUAAGCAAAAACUUGCAGAAGCAGCAGCAGCAAAAGCAGCUGAAGAGAUAGAUAGUGCCCGCGAGAGAGAGGAAUAGAGAGAGAGAGCGCGCAAAGCCCGUUAUAAUAUCAGCACAGCUUUGUUGUUGUUUACUUCGCGUAUUCGCGAUUCGCGGGAGUGGAGUGGAGUGUUAUUGUUGUUGUUGAUUUGAUUUUGUUCUUGCGGUUUUUCGUGAAUGACGGGCAGCACAUCCUGUUUUUUUAAUUCAUCUCGGAACCCCGCCCUGGUCCCCUCAACACACCCCUUGGUGCGGAGCUGGUAGAUGGUAUUUGUGCUGUGCAAGCAACAUGCGGAAGCCUGCAGCUGAGCCGUCACUGACACGGGAAGUGUGAUGUCACCACUUGUGCCCCCGCGAGAGAACAACAAAUUGUACUAUUACUUACCGCGUCGCUCAUCCACGCAACGAAACCAAACACUCGCCCAAGAAAAACAACCAACAGCAGCAGCGCAGGAGGAGCAGGAGGAGGAGACACCAUCCAUCCCAUUCCAGCAUCAGCUUCAUAGGAACGACACAACCGCAUGGGGGACUCUUUGAACAUGUCUCGCUCCGAGUCCCGGCUAUCCCGUUCCCAGUUGCAACUGCUGCCACUGUUGUUGCUCUCGCUCAACAUAUGUUGGCAGCAGUGUGCUGCCACAGCUGACAGCGCCGACAAGUCAAAAGCAUACAUCGCGGACUAUUUUCCUGCCCUCAACGAGUUCUCCACUCACACUGUGAUACGACCACAAGUGCAGCAUGCCCACACACAGCAGGACCUGCAGAGCACCCUGGAUGCAGCGGAUGGCCUGCACACGCCACACAUUAGCCUGAGCUACAGCCACGAGGGCAAGCGGGUGCAAGUGGACUUGCAGCGCAAUGAUCGCCUGCUGCCCGACUCACACUUUCUGCGCUAUCAGAACUCCAGCAGAGGGGCAGGAGGAGCACCAGGAAGCCAUGUGGUGCGAAAUUUCACCAAGACUGAGGUUGAUUUAUGCCACUAUCAGGGUCACAUACGCGGCCAACCGGACUCCACUGUGGCUCUGUCCACCUGCGGCGGCGGACUGAACGGCAUCGUCUUCGAUGGCCAGCAAACGUAUUUUAUUCAUCCCCAUGUCGAUGGCUCGGGCCGACUGCAGGACCAACACUAUCUGCUACGGCACGCAGACAUGCAGCCGCAGAAUGCUACCUGUGGCUAUGACAGCCACAAGGACAACCACAGCAAGGAUGACAAGGAGAAACCUUCACUGCCACAUCGAUUGGCUGGCGAUGAAUUCCAGCGCAUGUUGCUGAGGAAACGACGCCAGGCCGACGACAGCCGUCAGCUGAUUCGAGGUCCGUACAAUGCCAACAAAUACUCGAGCUACGUGGAGCUGGUCAUUGUGGUGGACAACAAGGUGUACAAACACUUUGGGGAGAGCACCAAGAAGGUGCACGAACACUGCAAGAAUCUGGCCAACAUUGUGAAUGCUUUGUAUGUUCCACUGAACAUAUUUGUGGCCCUGGUGGGCGUGGUCAUAUGGAACGAAUCGAAUGAGAUUGAGUUCUCCAGCGAUGGAGAUGUGACGCUGAGAAACUUUCUCAACUAUCGCAGCACCAAGCUGGUGCUGGAACAUCCCAACGAUAAUGCCCAGCUGCUGACCAAGGAAACCUUCGCCGGUGGUGUGGUGGGCAAGGCCCUGAAGGGUCCCAUCUGCACAUACGAGUACUCGGGAGGUGUCAGCAUGCAGCACAGUCCCGUGACAGCGAUGGUGGCCACAACGAUGGCACACGAGAUGGGACACAACUUUGGCAUGGAGCAUGACUCCCCGGACUGCCACUGCCCCGAUGAGAAGUGCGUGAUGGCCGCGUCCAGCACAUCGGUGGUGCCUGUCAGCUGGAGCAGCUGCAGCAUCGAUCAACUGACAAUUGCCUUCUCGCGCGGCAUGAACUAUUGUCUGAGGAACAAGCCGGAGCGGCUCUUCGACUCGCCCACCUGCGGCAAUGGAUUCGUGGAGCCCGGCGAGCAGUGCGACUGCGGCCUGCCCGAACAUUGCCGCAAUAGUUGCUGCAAUGCCACCACCUGCAUGCUGCACACGAAUGCCUCCUGUGCCACGGGCGAGUGCUGCGACCUGGACAAGUGUCGGCCCAAGCUGGCGGGCAGCGCCUGCCGCGAGGCCGAGAACGAGUGCGAUCUGCCGGAGUACUGCACGGGCGAGUCGGAGUACUGUCCCACGGAUGUCUAUCGCCGGGAUACGGAACCCUGCGAUGGGGGACAGGCGUACUGUUUCCACGGCAACUGCCGCUCCCAUGCCAAUCAGUGCCGCAUUCUGUGGGGCCCCACCGGGGACAACUCGGUGCAUUGCUACCACAAGAACAUGGAGGGCUCGCGGCUGGGCAACUGCGGCUACAAUCGCCUCAACAAAACCUUCGUGCAGUGCGAGGCGAGGCACGUGAACUGCGGCAUGCUGCACUGCAAUCAUCUGAACGAACGGCUCGAGUUCGGCAUGGAGUCGGCGGCCGUGCUGUCCCACUCCUACGUCAGCCACGAUCGCAAGAUUGUCGCCUGUCGCACGGCGCUGGUGGAUCUGGGGCUGCAGACCACGGAUCCGGGACUGGCGCCGAACGGCGCCAAGUGCGGCGAGGACAUGAUGUGCGUGGAUCAGCGUUGUCUGCCCGUCGAGCAGGUGCGACAGCACGGCAUGGGCACACCGUGUCCGGACGAUUGCAGCGGCAACGGCAUCUGCAACAGUCGGGGGCACUGCCAUUGCGACGUGGGCUUUGGCGGCGAAUCGUGCGCCAAGGCGGGCUCCGGCGGCUCCCAGGACAGCGGCCCAGCCACGGAUCCGAAUGGUGCUUUGGGCCUCAAGCGUUUCCUCUGUGUGCUGUUCUUCAUGGUGCUGCCCACGGUUGGUGCCUGCUGGCUGUUUUAUCACUGCUACAAGAAUGGAAAGUUCAGCGGGGGAAAGCUAGCUGACAAUAUCUUGAAGACAUCGGGCGCCGGGCCGAGCAAACCCAACGCCUCGCGCAACAAUCAGAAUGGCAGCGGACCACCGCCGGGCAAUGGACUGCCCAAGUCCACGCCCAGCAGCACGGACGACAUGAACUCGGCGCUGUUGAAGUCGCCGAGCGACUCCAAUGAUCCCAGCGCCGGCGCUGGAAUGUUUGGCAAGUUCCAGGGAUUCACGCUGCGACCGCUGAACGCCACCUCGCCGGCGAGCAACUACAGUGGGCCGAAUGUGGCCUUUGUGCAGCCCACGGUGCAGCAGGAUAAUGGAGUGCCGCAGCGCAUGGCACCGCCACCACCCGCGGCCAAGGGGGAGACUGUUCAAACCACGUCGCCUGAGAGCGGAAAGAGCGGCGCCACUUGGCCCAGAGCAGCGCCUGCACUGCCGCCACCUAAUCCAGGCUCCACGGCACGCCCGAUCAUCUCCAAGCCCGUGCUGGACUCGAGCACGCGGACGCUGGUGCCGCUGAAAGGCAGCACCGAGGAUUUGUCACCCCAACGACAGGCACCCGCGCCGCCCGUGCCGCUGCAUGUCGAUCCCAAGCUGAAUGUGAAGCGGGACGGCACCAUACGCCGCUUUGCCUCGUUCCUCAAGAAGGAGGACAAGAAGGAGCCGCCCAAGGAGAAGACCUACAUCGAUCGGGAGCGCCUGCGUACGCUGGAGAUAUCCGCACCCAUGCCCGUGCCGGCUGCACCGCAGACAGAGUCCUCAAACUCCGAUUCGGAGACAACGCCACGCGAGGAGGAGACGAAGAAUCUGGUGAAGCGCGCACAAUCGAUGCGUUCGCCCACGAAGAAGGGCGUGCCGCUGCAGUCCUUCGGCUCCAUGCGCUCACCGCCCGGACUGCCACGGCCCAAGAGUCAAGCGAAUAGCGCCGGAGGAGGCGCUUCUUCGCGUCCUAAGUCGCCGCCACCACGUCCACCGCCGGUGGUGAAGAAAACAAAUUCUGUCAGCUCCUCGGGCUACCAGCGGCCAGUUGUAGCAUCCAAUCAGAUGACGCCCGAGAACACCUACGAUGACUGCGAGUGUGUGGAGACGCGUGCAUCCACGGACGACAUUUACUCGGUCAUCGAUGAGAUACCGCCGGCGGCACAGACGCUCAAGCGCAGCGAUCUGGUGGCCAGUUUGGCCAGCAACGGCAGCGGCGACAUGGGCCUGCUGGGCGAGAUCGUCAAUGAGUUUGAGAAGCUCAACGGGGACUCCAUUUACUCGGGCAAGCCAGCGGCAACACCCACGACAGCGGAACCCACAACCGUGGACGCACCACGAAGUCCACAGCGUCCCGCGCCGCCCAAGCCGGCGAGCAGCGUGAUUGCCAUGGCAGAGGAUAAAUCUGUAGCGGCUGCUGCUCCCACAUAUCUACGCUCCACGGCAGUCAAUGCACCCGUGGCACGUGUGGCACCCACACUCUCCGACAUAUCCCCGUCGCGCGCCUUCUCGAGCUUCAAGCCAACGCAGGCGAACAGCAGCAAAGCGACACCAGCGCCAGUUGUGGUGCUGCCAAAGCGAACUGGCAGCAGCAUCAGCCAGUCGACGCGUCCCAAGUCCUUCAUGAAGAGCACAGCAAAAACACUGCCAAAUGGAACGACAGCCGCGCCCUCGGCCACAAUACAGAAACCCAAACCGCUCUCGGCCAAGCCAUCAUUCAGCGGUGCCUUGGGCAAGCGAGGGCCGGGCGGUGCAGCCUCUGCGAUAGCGCCCACGCCGCCCACAGUGAAGGCAGCCGCAGGCGCUGGCUCAGCGACGCCAAAGUCCAACAUUGCAUCGCUGACGCAGCGCUUUGAGGCGAGCAAGUAGACUAAGGCAUAAGCUAAACUUUUAAGUUAAGAAACGAUCAAAUUUUAUUUGGCACUGACUACGACUACGACGACGCAGAUGAUGAUGAUGGGUGCUAGGAGCGUCGUUUUAAAUUCAUUCCUCUACCGAUGUGUGUCCCCCCAAUUAGUUAGUUGUUAAGGCUUGACUACUCCACUCACUGUGCUUAGUAUAAGUACUAUAUGUAUCUCAAUGAUUAAUGUUUAAGCUCUGCAUGUGAAGUGUUUUAGUUGUAGGAUCUAGCGUUGUGUAUGUCUGUAUAUUAUAUUCUCUUCUACUCUCUAUCGUAAUCCCCCAUCAAUGUAUUUAUACGCUAUGUACUCUACAUAUAUAUAUGUAUGCUUUUGUAAAUAAAAACCAAAGAAGUUCAAUUGUCACAACAAAUGCGCCGCCUAAAUGUGCUAACCGUUUUUUGUACAGUCGGAAAGUGCAUGCAAAAAAAAAACGAAAAAAAUAGCGAAAAUCAAUUGUAAUUGUCUCAAUGUUUGAAUGUAUUAUGUUGUAUAUCCCCCCUAUAAAUUAAAAGCCGAUAUCAAACAAGUAUAUAAGUCCGACGUUAUGUUGAAAAAUAUAUUUAACGAA